CUUGUCAGUGUGGUAGCUUAACCCAAGUAAUUCAAAAUGGCUGCUAAUGGGGCUCCCCCUAAACCCUGGGAGAUAAACAGGGGUCAAUCACCCAGCAAUAACCUUCGUUCUUCGUCCCUUACCCGCCCUGAAUCCGGGGAAUUCCCUACUCCACCCCCAAUACCCGCCCGACCGAAUCAACAGAGCACAUCAGCUACAAUGUACAGACCAACUUAUGGCAACCUUGGUUCAUAUGGGGGCGGCUAUAACUUUGGUGGUUAUGGGGGCUAUGGCAGUGGUAUGUAUGGCAGUAGUGGUUUGUAUGGCACUGGGGGAGGUAUGUAUGGUUCGUCAUAUCGUAACUAUGGCACCCCACCCAACGGAGUUGGUAGUUUCACUCAGCAAGCAGAAGACAGCACACGACAGGCAUUUCAAUCCGUUGAAUCAAUUGUUAGAGCUUUUACUUCUGUGUCAGCCAUGUUAGAAUCUACAUUUGGAGCAGUAUACAGUUCCUUUCGUGCUGUACUUGAUGUAGCUGACCACUUUUCGAGAGUGCGUUCUACAUUUUCAGAGAUUCUCUCUUCAAUAGCAAUAUUCAGAUUGUUCCGUUACUUGUAUCGAAGAGUGUUGGCUAUAUUCGGCUCACGAGAAUGUGAAGAUGCUUGGUCAAAUGCAGCUGUAGAUGGAGCGCUUAUGAGACCAAAUUCGUCAUCACAAAAAAAAUCUUGGCCAAUCAUGUUGUUUGCUGCAGUGGUAAUGGGAGGUCCUUAUCUAAUAUGGAGACUGAUGAGGGGAGCUAACUCGCAAAAACCUGCCAAUAUUUCGUGGAUGAACGGAGACGGCGAUCAUGUGGUUGCUAAAGCAGAGUUUGAUUUUAGCAGCGAGAGUGAAGAGGAAAUCUCGUUUCUUGCAGGAGAUACCAUCAUCCUUGCACCAAGAGCUCAACAACCCCACAUAAGAGGUUGGUUACUCGGAACGAUAGAUGGGAAAAAUCCAGGCUACCUUCCCGCAAAUUAUGUUAAAAUUCUCGGUCUGCGACGAGGGCGUGCAAAACCAACCACACCACCUACACCAGCUGCCAAUAUAAGCACAACAACUACCACAACACCUCCUGCUGGUUUAUCUACAGAGGGAACUGUAUCAAAUGAGGAGUGGCAGAACAUUCACAGUGGUAGCGAAAGACUCGGACCACCAGAAGAGCCUCCAACUCAACAAUCGUAAUCCUGGAAAUAUCUCUUAAUUUCAUGGCCACCCUUGAGUUGGAUCUAUUGCACAACAUGCAGUCUUCCGUGCCAGUCACUGACUGCAACCAUGCUUGGUAGUACGGGGUGACAGCGUACGUCUACACAUGCUGCAUCCUGGCCAUCAUUUGUUGGCGGCAAUGGCACUGUCCGCAAAUAAUUACCAUUGCUGUGUUUGUAGCAAACCAGAGAUUCACUGGAGCUUCCAGAAUAUACAAAACUACCAUCCUUAGUUAUGUCAAAAGACACCGGAAAUUCGUUGACCUUUUGGGAAAAAAAAUAAUGAAGUAAAAGUGACAAAAUAUCAUAUGAUUUUUAAUUUUAUUCUUUUUUUUAUAUAUAUUCAUUGCGGUACAGUGGCUCAAAAAAAAAUUCUGCGGAUCUGUGAUAUAGUUAUUAAUCUAUUGUAUGCCUUAAUUAUUCAGUGCAAUAAAAGAAUUCUGUUA